GGUUAGGUAUUUAUGGUUUGGUGCUAUGCCAUUCAAGCAACAAACCUAUGUUGCUACUGCAUUUAAACAUGUGAAAUGUUCUGACUGCAAUGCUCCAGAUCCGACCUGGGCAAGUGUAAACAGGGGUGUGUUGUUAUGUGGAGAUUGUUGUCAGAUACACAGGACUCUGGGUCGUCACAUCUCAGAGAUUGCUUCUCUACAGCACGGAAACUGGGCCCCUCCGCGUCUCCAGAUGCUGCACAACUUGGUGCAGAAUGGAGCAAAUAACAUUUGGGAACAUGAGCUGUACAACUCCAGCUCCAAGAGCUCUUCUUAUCCACCUAAACCAAGCCCGUCUGAUAAACUGAGGCCGACAAAAGAGAGCUUCAUAUUGGCAAAGUACAAAGACGGGCGCUUUUGUCAAAAGAUGGACGAAGUUAAUGUGGACUCUCUGAAUAAUCAACUGCUGUUGUCAGUGACCCAGAGUUCAGCAGAAACGACCCUCAGACUUUUGGUGAUGGGAGCUGACGUGAACUGCAGUAAUGGGGACCAGAACACUCCCCUUCAUCAGGCCUCAGCUCACGACCAGUUGCUACAGUAUGAGUUACUCUCAAUAUACGGUGCUAAUCCUAACCGUAUAAACAAGGACAACCACACUCCUUACGAUGUAGCCAGGAAAUGCGGGUUCUAUCAGACGGCCAACAGAAUUUUGUCGCUGCAAUACGAACUGACUGACAGACUCAUAUUCUUUAUCAACAGCAAACAACCAGAUCACAUAAACGGACAACACAUCAUCAUACCGGAGAUUGAGAGGCGGGGUCCAACGGUGAUUGAAGCUCAGAACAAGCUAAAGAUGUUGGAUAACCAGGCGUUCGAAGAACUCGCGGCUGAUAUUUUUGAUGAAGUAGAUAGGCGUGAAGUUGAACAAGUUUGGAAAGCAGGCAAGAAUAACAAUGGAUUGGAUGUUCGCUUUCUCCCAACAAAUCCCACCUUCAGCUCUCUUAGAAAUCAGGGUAGGCAAAAGUUGGGAACACUGAGCGCCAAAGAUUUCGCCAUACUCAUCGCUCACAUUCUUGAGGAAGGGAAGAGAAGAGAGCAGAUAUCCCGACCAGCAACCAAUGUCAGCUAUGGCUCAUAUGACGACGAGCCGUCUUACUGUGAGGUUCCCAGCGAGUAUAGUGACAAUGAACCUGUUUACGAUGAGGGUCUCCUUCAGGACACGGAGGAGGCGGAGGGACACUCCUCCCCAGUAUACGAUCAGGUGCCAGAACGAGAUGAGUACAUUGAUAACAAGACCAUGAUGCUUGCUAAAGUUGAUUCACAACAGCGUGUGAUAACACAUAUGAAAGACCAGAACAAUCAGCUGCAACUCCGCAUAAACAAUCUGGAACAGAGGAACAGUUUCCUGGAGAACCAGAACCGCGAGCUCAUGUCCAGACUGCAGACUGUGCUAUCUCAGAAUAAGGGCGCUUAUGACUACGAUCUGCCUCACUCAUCGGGCGGGAGUGUAAGCAGUUUUAACGACACUGUUCCAACUCACCCACCUCCACCAAUGCGGAGCAGUAUUCCACCCCGAACAAACACCACCAACAACAGACCUUCUUAUACCAACGACUACUCCAACAUUUCUAGGGAAGAUCCGAAGAAGGCACCUCCACAACCACGCCACCAGACCCUCCCUCACAUGGAUACGGUCAGUGAGAAGACACAACACAUCACAUCUGCUGUGACACUCCUCCGAGACGCCAUACGGAACGACAACCUCCACCAGCUCCCGGAGGUCUACCAGCGCAUCUUGGCCGCUAGCCAGGGCGUCGCUUCCGUCUUUCCUGAGAACCCCCAAUGGCAGACGAUAAAGCUGAGUCUGGAGCUGCUGAAGAGAAGUGCUACAGAACUGUCCCAACUCUCUCUAGCCGGCUGCAACGGAGACAGGAAGAUCUUCAUCGACAGUCACGUGAACCUGGCCAAGGACAUAGCUCGGGCCACUAAGUCCCUGGUGGGAUACGUCCAGAACGCCAUGACCAUGAAGUAGAGUUGGAACAUUUGUGGAAUGUGCAGGGAUUACACUGUAGAUAGAUUUGUGACAUUAUGUGAUGUAUUUCGAUAUGGUUGAUAUUGCGAAUUUGUUUGCUUUGGUGCUAUUUGACGUUCAUGAGAUUUAGACUGAAUCAAUUUAUUUGAACAAAGGUUUCACGGACUGUUCCGUAGAUUGUUUUGUGAUUUUGAUUAAAUUUAAUGCAAUGACAUUGAAAAAAAAACUGGUUAAACCUGAAAUAUUCACUAUAUUUUGAGAAACUUUCAUAAAAGUAAUAUGACCUUAUCUACUUUAAAAGCGUUAAUCUUUUACUAAAGUAUUAAGAUUUAAACAUAUUUUUAUAAGCAGAUAUUGUUAACAUCCUACAUUUUUCAAUAUCUUAGUAAAGCCGCUAAAUGAUUUUCAGUAAAUUAAAUAAUUUAAGUUUUUCUAUCUUCUCGAACAUUUUGAAUGAAUGAUUAUGCAACGUUCGCUGAUCUCUUUUCUAUUAAACGUAAUCCUUGCAAUGUUUUGUGAUAGUAAUCUAAAUGGUUGGGUCAAUCGUCUGUGCAUUUUCUUUAAAAUUUCGUUGAUGCAGAUGGUUCGCCAUAGUCAUUCCAUAAAAGUUUAGAAUUUAUUAAUCGUUUAUUUUUCAAACAUUUGAUUACACGGUCAUUCAAACAUGUUUUUACCUAUACAGUCAUGAAUUUAUUAGUAAUAAAUAGAGAGGUACCAAUCAUAGAUCAACAAUUUGAAACCGUUUAAAACAAUCGCUUCAAGUUCAAAGUUACGUAUUAAAUUUGAAUUUCUUUUAUU